CCUUGAGCAGGAGGUCCUGUGGACUGUUUAGCACCCGGCACCCGAGAGGGUAAUUACGUUCAGGUGAGCACUCUAAUUCUGUGUGGAAUUGCUUUUCCUGCCAAGAGAAGCUCCCUGUACUACUUAACAUGAUGUCUCAACUAGGCUCAUAUUCUCAAGAUGCUACAACAUUUGCUUACACAGAAGCAGAUGCAAUUAGGAUUUUAGGUGAGGAACAGAGCAACCACUCCUUCCUGACUGAACCUACUGGUGAUAACCUCACACGUGAACUGGAAAAGGAGAAAAGACGUCUGACAGGUUUGGAACUGCAUUCCAUUACGCUGAAAGAAUAUUACAAACUUAGACGCAUCCCACGUGGCCUAAGGGUUAAUUUAAGACCCACUAUAUUCAACGACAAUACUGACUUUGCUAAACGCUAUGAACAAAUAGUGAAUAAAUGUUCGUUUGACAUAUUACUUUUGAACAUUGAAUAUUUACAGAAUGCUAUUCCUGAAGUGAUGUCCCGCAUUAAGGCAAUAGAGCUGCAAUUGAAAAAUGCUUUGCGAUCUGAUGAAUACAAGGAAAUGCUUACCAGAACUGAUGAGGCCAUCGCUAAACAUCGGAGAUUGGUGGAGGAGCGAAAGAGAACCAAAUUCCACAGAGAUGCCGAAGAUUACAGAACCGGCAAUAUAUAUCAAUGGAACGCAGCGUCAACUGGUGGAACGCAGCGCAAUAGACGUCGGGACGCACCACGUGAUCACAUGGAUCACAUACAACGGAAGCAACAGCAAGGAAAGAAGCAGCAGCGCUGGAAGACUCCAGAUGAACGUACUCCAGAUACGGCCACAGAGAGUUCCUCUUCUUCUUGUUUUUUAGAUUACAGCCCCCCAAGACACGUCGAGGGCAAAAAAGGCGCAGGGGGCACGAAACAUCAGAAAACGUUUGCAACAGAGACGCGACAACAACCACCCAGGACAGUGAGGAACUCACAGAAACGUCCUUGAAUGAACCUUCUGAGUGCGGGUACCAUCAUCUGCAUAACCCAAGAUUAUUGGGGAGAAAAAUGGGCUGAGUAUGCAGUUAAAGUACCGUGAUUGCGCCUCAGUUUAUUCAUUCAUAUUCUCCCUGAUUGGGAAUUACAAAUUAAUUUUUAUACAUAUAUGCACUUUAAGGUGAUAAUAUUUUCAUAUGUAACUUUUUUACACUUGUGUCAUAAUGUUCAUACUAUUUUUUUGUUUUUGCUAUUUAUGGACUUUUUAUGGAUAUUUUAUUAUAUGGGUGCACAAAAAAUUUCCAAUCAAACAUAAUGGUCUGUGAUUAUUGCACUAAUUAUGUAUGCAGGGUUUGAAUUUUAACCUAUCUCUGAGGAUUCACUAAAUUAUUCACAUGUGUCACUCCAUUAUUCAAAUUUAUCAAUUAAUUAUGUAUAUUAGCAUUGAAUCUUAACCAAUCCGUGAAGGAUCACUACCAUUGUUUCUCCACUCCUCCCUC